CAUACAUAUUCUCCAUCUAUGCUGUACCAGCUUUAUCUACUCUUUAUCUAUUUAGAAAUGUUUCUGUAAUACUAAUAAGCCAUUGUUGUUUAUUUCUCUACAUUGCUGUUAUUAUAGAUUAUUUAUGAGCCUCAAUUGUAUCUGUAUAGGCGUUAAUAUGACAUUUCCUUUUUUUUCCAAAUCUUAUGUCGUUUGUCAAAAUAUUUCAUUAAGAAUUUUUCUAACUAAUGCUAUCGGUUUGUUCAUUUUAUAAAUAGUAUACAAAAAUGCCUCUAAUAGACAUUACAAAUCCCGACAUUAUAAAAUUUCUCAUAGAGAAUUAUGAUAAGACCGCAAGACUUCGGAUGAAAUGGAAUCAUAUUCAUGGCGAAAAAAUGAAGGAAGCUGCCAGUCUAACACGUGAGGAGAAAGGGUAUUAUGAAACGGAUGUCCUAAAACAAACCAUGGUCGCAGGCAUGGCAAUUAUAACUAGAGAUAAUACAGUUGCGAGCUCCAAUAGAAAACUUAGAGUAAUUCGAGAUGGGACGCAUAUUCCAGGAAUAACAAACUUAAAAAAAAAACAUUGUAUAACCGACGUUGGAUUCGCCGAUCCUAAAAUAGAUCCUAGGCUUGCUCGACCUGAUACAGACCUUUCCGUUGACCCUAUCAUGCGACCUAUAGAUCCAAAACAAAAAAAAGUAAUUUAUAAAGAUAUACCUGUAUUUGGACGGAAUGCUUAUUUAAAAAGUAGGUCCCGUAUACCGCCAGAACAGAAGUAUUAUUUCAUAGAGUGCAGCGGAUGGGAAUAUGGAUGGAGGCUGACAGAUAGUUAUUUUAAUAAGAAUGCCCCAACAUGCGGUCGAGUAUGGCGGCUCACACGUGACGUCAAAAGCCGCACAGGCCCCCAUCCAGAUCCCAAACAUUACCAAAAUUCGGAUUUACUCGGAGUCGCCAAAUGUCCCAAAGUAUAGAAUAAUAUUUUUUGUAAGGAUGUUACUCGUAAUUUUGUUCUUUUUGUUUAAUAUCUGUAAUUUUUAAUAAUAUUCUUUUCUAAUUUUAUCACCACAAUAAAUAAUUUUUUAAAUACUA